AUGAAAUCAAUUAAAUUUUUAAUAGCUGAUAUUUUUAAUAAAAAAUUAAAUAUUCACAUCGAUAAAAUUGUAAAACAGUCAGAUGCCUACACCAACCUUGUUUAUAAAGUAGACAGUGGAAAUGAAAGUUUUAUAUAUAAAAAAUUUGAACAUUUAAACUUAUUUGAAAAUCUAGUGCUAGAAAAAAUGUCUCUACCUGAGAUUCUUGUAUCAGAACAUGAUUAUAGAAUUGAGAGGUUUAUAAAACAUAAAAAAGUAGAUUUUAAAAAUGAUUGUAAAGAAAUAGCUGUAGCUUUAAAAAAGUUUCAUACAACAGAAAUAAAAGAUUUUAUAAAUUUUAAAUGUCUUUUACUUACAGAAAUAAAUAAAAUUACUAAUGUAAAAAUAUCAGAAAUAUUAGAAAAUGCAUCAAUAAAAAUAUUUAAUAUUAUAAAAAAUAAUCAGGGUAAGAAUGUUUUAUGCCAUAAUGAUCUACAGCCUAAUAAUAUCCUUAAGACUAAUACAAUAAUAUUUAUAGAUUUUGAAUACUGUUCUAUAGGAAAUAAUUUAGUAGAUAUUGCGAAUUUAUUUUGUGAGACAGAAAUAGACUACGAGAAGAAUGUCUAUAUUAAAGGUUCGGGAUACACAGAAGAAGAAAGAAUUCUUUUUUUAAGGAAAUAUUUUAAUAAAAAUGAUGUAAAAUGUGAAUUACAAAAAAUUAAUAAUCUAGAAGUAGUCAGUCACUUUUUAUGGUUUGUAUGGAGUGUUUAUAUUAUAAAAUCUAACAAUAAUUCAGAGUUUGACUAUAAAAAGUACAGUUUAUCUAGAUUACAAUAUCUUAACAAUAUAUUUACAUCUGAUGAGAUAAAAAUAUUAUUAUCUUAUUUAAAUAGUGUAUGA